UAUAAGAUUAACAUGGCUAAGUAUAAUGUUAAGAUUGCAAAAGGAAAAAAGUGAGACCAGAACAGAGGUGAUGGAUAGGGAAAGUCAGGACAAAUAGUAACUGAAGGUUGAAAUAAAAACAAGAAAUAGAUUUAGAAGAGGUUCUGGAUGGUGGAGAUAUGUAGUAUUUGUGUGUGCUGAGAUAAAGAAUAUGCCCCGCCCCUUACCCUUGUGAGACUGAGGUGUAAUAAAGGUGCAGUUUAUGAGACUUAGAAAGGUUAAUGAACUGAGAAUUCAGAAUAUCCACAUGUAUAUUGAAAGUCCUAACCAUGAGAUCCAGGGCUGGAACAUAUAUAAAGAUGUGAGCUAGGAACUAAAUUCCUUGGAAUUGAGAGGGAAUGACUUAGAGGUCAAUAGAUAACUCCCACCCAGAUUUUACCAGAAUGAUUUAGUAGAAAGAAUGAACCCCAAAGCAGGAGGGAUGAUUGAGUAAUGGCUGAAGGGGAUGGUUCUUUAAAUAGCUGGAGGAGCAAGGAGUUUGUCUAUUUUUCCACGUGAUUCAGUGUGUUGUGGAGGGAGGAGAAUCAGAGAAGUUGAAUCCAGUGUUGAGAGACAGUGGUCAGAGAUGCAGUGUUCCUGGGAGGAGCCAAGUUUCUGUGGUGGCAAGAAGAUGGAAGGAGCUCAGAGGAAGAAGUCUGAUCUGAAGGGAGGAAAGAUCGAGAAGAUGGUGGACCACCUGGUGAACACAGAGAUCAACAGCCAGAGAAUCGCCGCCGUGGAGAACUGCUUUGGAGCCUCCGGGCAGCCUCUGGCCUUACCAGGCCGGGUGCUCCUCGGCGAGGGCAUCCUGACGAAGGAGUGCCGCAAAAAGGCCAAGCCACGGAUCUUUUUCCUCUUUAACGACAUUCUGGUUUAUGGAAGUAUUGUCAUCAACAAACGCAAGUACAGCAGCCAGCACAUCAUCCCUCUGGAGGAGGUGACCCUGGAGACCCUCCCCAACACCUGGCAGGCCAAAAACCGCUGGAUGAUCAAGACCUCCAAGAAGUCGUUCGUGGUGUCGGCCGCCUCGGUGUCGGAGCGGGAGGAGUGGAUCCGGCACAUCGAGGAGUGCGUGCGGCGCCAGCUGCGGGCCACGGGCCGCCCCCCGACCACGGAGCACGCGGCGCCCUGGAUCCCGGACAAAGCCACGGACAUCUGCAUGCGCUGCACGCAGACCAAGUUCUCGGCCCUCACGCGGCGGCAUCACUGCCGCAAGUGCGGCUUCGUGGUCUGCGGGGACUGCUCCCGGGAGCGCUUCCUCAUGCCGCGCCUCUCCUCCAAGCCCCUCCGCGUCUGUGCCCUGUGCUACCGGGAGCUGGCGGCGGAGAAGCGGAAGGAAGAGGGGGAGGCCGAGGAGGACGGGCAGCGGCGGCCCCCGCGGGGCCUUGCUCACCCGCCGGCAACAACCUACGGGGCCUCCAGUGGGGAGGACGAAAGCGACAAGUCAGACGAGGACAAAGAUGGGGGCUCAGCGGGUUCCUGGCCCAUGGGGCUGGAGUUCUAUGCCUCCGGCGUCAAGUGGUCAUCCUUCCAUAGCUAACCUUUGUCCGCAAACAUCCGGGGUCUGCGUGGAGCGGUCAGGGUUCCCCGGAGCUGUUGUCAGCGUUGGUGAAGGCUUGGAAGCUGGACACUACUGGACAGUUAGACUAGGUUCUGACUCCUAUCCACAGAGCCCCGUUGUGCUGCUUUAUAGUUAGGGAGUGAGCAGCAGGAAAAACCAGGUCAUUCAUCUCGCUGCUCUCAGCGCUCCCACACCCCUAAAAGACUUGCUCCUUUAGUCAAGCUCCUCCCAUCAAGCAGACAGGAAAAACGGGGUACAUUAGGAGGGUCCCACCCCAUAGUCUCAGCCUCCCUCACCUGAGUCAGGGGAGCAUUAUGCAAAAGACUUUCAGAACCUGAGGUGGGGGAAGGCCCCAAAGAGACUCAAAGGAGCAGCUAUCUCCUUCGUUUUUUGGAGCUCCAGCCCAAGAUCAUCUACGUCCAAAAGAGCCAACUGCCCCAAGGACAAGCCGCUGCCCUGGUUAGCAGCCCCUAGCCCCUCCAGUCCGAAUUCUCUGCCACAUCAUUACUACAAAAGGUUUCCUAGGGUGAUCAGAAACAUUUCUUCAUCCCAGGAACCAUUCUGGGAGGGGCCUAAGGAACCAGUGGGGGUCCGGAGAAUCCUGAAGCCAGAUGCCCAGGGAUCUCAGAGGCCUUCCUCCCUUUUAUAGAAAAACCUGCAAUCCAGAGAGCCCCAGAAUUUCUCCUUCAGAGCUCUCCCCAGGGUGUCCAGAAGGACCCGAUGCUGACUUCCCUGCCUAAGGUGCUGUGCAGCACUGAAAAAGCCACAUUUCUUUAGUCUAGAAAAGGAUAGGGCACAUGACUGUGGGACUUCCUAUAUGUUGUAUCAGCCCAAAUGUUCAUAAUUGUAAUACAUCUCACACCUCCUCCACAUUUCAUUCUUUCCUUCUCUUCAUGCUACCAGUCUGGGUGGUACAGUGGGGGAAAGGGGAAAGGCAGACUUAGGAGGAAAAGGCCAAGAGCGGGGGCCAUGUGUACAUGAUUGGGAGGGAGAUGCUUCUAAGGCAUUGACGCAGAUGCAGAGACAUAUUUGUCUGUUGAAGCAGAAAUCUGUUUUCCUUGGCUUUUCUGCUUUGAAGGAAAGCUCUCCAUCUUUUUCCUAAGCUCAGCAAGGUCUGCUCUCUCCUGGCUGAAUUUAGUAAAUCUGUCUUAUUUGGUUUAAACUGUCUAAUUGAUGACUUGAAAGAAGGAAAAUUUUUCAGCAUCCCUUACAGCUGAAUGCUAUUUUAUUUUAAAACCAUACUUUGAUAUAUUCUCUUGGCUUGGAGGGAACAGUCUUAAAGAGCCUGGAAUGGAUAUUUCUGGCCAUUUAGUUUUGGGAAUCUUACCCUGCUCUUUCCCUCCUGUCUAUAUUGGCUCAGGCACAUAGCUCAUUUUGCCCAAAGGUGAAGAAGGCACAGGGAAGGACAACCCCAUCUCACCACCACCACUAUAAAUCUCCCCAUUCUGUAAAUGGAACUAAGAUGGGUGGGUGAAAUUUCACAUUUAAAGGUCCUCUUCCUUUUAAAAAUUCAACUAUCCUUAGAAGAAAUUAAAUAAUUAUCUUCCCAUACCUUAAUGCAAGUGAGAUUGUUUUUCCUCUUUGGCCAUGGGCCCUCAAAGGAAAAGCGAAGAAAAACCAGCAAAAAAUGGAGACAUUGUUUGUCUUUAAUAUUUCUCAGACCCUCACCAUUUUGGAGCCUUAUUGAAAACUUAGUCCAUAGUUAAGAAGCCCUUUCCUCCUCCUCCCUAGAUCUUUUAACAUAAGGGCUCUCUCUCAUCCAGAUUAAUAGUUCCAAUUGGUCUGGAUGGUUUGCUAAUGAGCUACAACCCCUGGGAGUUCAAUCCCCUGAGAUACAAAAGGAUACAAGGAAGAGAAGACAUAAAAGUGGGGAAUUGGGCAAAUAUAACACAGUCCAGGAGUUGUUUCACUACCUUUAAAACAUUGGGGUGGCACUCAGAACUUAAUAAGCAGCAGCUCUCAAAGCCUUUUUUUCCCUUUCCUCCUUUCAAAAUCCAAUAUAAAGCCCUUUUCCUUAUAGACCGGGGUCAAAGUGGAAUUUGCCCUCAACCCCCAGCAUAUGGUUUGUGAAGAAAUAUCUUGCCCUGGGAACCCCAGUGUUCCUUUUCCUCAGAACAAAGUCCAGUGCUUUCCCCAGAGAAACUAGGGCCCCAAGGAUGAGUGGGAAGUUUCUGUGGUAAUAGCUGCCUCAGCAACUUCUUUCAGGAGCCAGAUUCCAUUUGGUUCUGAGAAACCUCCAAAUGGGGAUAAAGGUUUCAGGGUUUGGGAAACUCACAAGACAGAGGGCUUGGUUUGGCAGGCAAAUAAGGCCUGUGGGUUGGAGGGCAUUCCACAUGGCUCCACACCGUUUGGAGCUCCCCAUCUAGCUAUAUUUCAUUCUCUCCUUCCUCUUCUCCCUUUUUUCUUUCCAUCUCUCUCUCUUUUUCUUUCCUAUCCUCCCUCCUCACUUCUCUUUCCUUCUGUCUGGUCCCCAAACUGCUGACCACCCUCACUGCUCUGAGUCUUCUUCUUGAUGCUCUGCCUUGGUUCUCCCCUACCUAUCUGACAACACCUUGAUCCCCUUUGAUGGAUCCUUCAUGGCCUGCCUUCCAAUUGUGGUUAUAUCCAUAGACUCUACCCUGGACCUUUUCUAUGAUCUCUUCUGGUCCCACGCAUUCAUUAUUUCUAAGUAGACAAUGCCCAGAUCUAUAGAUCCAGGUUUAGUGUUUCUCCUGAACUGCCAUAACUAUCUCAAGCUCAAUCUGUCUAAAACAGAACUCAGUAUCUUUUCCCCCAAAACUCAUCCCUUUCCUAACUUCCCUAGUUCCCGUAAGAGCAGCAUCACCUUACCAGGCACUUAGAUUGGUGACAAUGGAGUCAUCACUGACUCUUCAUUCUCUUUCAUCAAUCAAUAAAGUGUCUAUCAUGUCUACUUUAUCAGUGUGUUAAGGUUCUGGAAAUACAGAGAUAACCAUAAAAAAAUUGAUUCCUUGCCUCAAGAAGCUUCUUUGGGAAGAGACAAUACACACAUAUUUCAGAAUAUAGAGAAAGCAUACAAAAUACAUACAAGAUAAAUUAGUAGAAGCACAGGUGGCUGGUGAUGAAGAAAGGCUUUAUUAUUGCAUUGAGGUGACCUUUGAAUGAAAUUAAGGAUUCUGAGAGAUAAAUUUAAGGAAGGAGUGUGUUGAAGGCAUGAGAUACAGCUAGGCAAAGGCAUGGAAUUGGGAAGUGGACUGUUAUGUGUUCUGUAGGCCAGUUUACCUACUGUAGUGUGUGCAAAGGGGAGUAAUAUAAUAAACCUGAAAAAGUAGAUUAGAGCCAAGAUGAAGGAAUGUAAAUACCAAGCAAAACCAAAAUUCUGUGUAUUUAAGAGCCAUUUGAGUUUAUUGAACAAGGGAAUGACAUGAUUAGACAUGCUCUAAGUACAUAUCUUUUUGCAAGCUGUGUGAAGAAUAGGUUGGAAAGACUCCUAGAGAGGAGACCAUUUGGGCAAGGAAACUAAUUAGAAGGCUACUGCAAUGUUGCAGAGGAGAGGUGAUGAGGGCUAUGUGAAUGGAGGGGGAAAUAGGAGUGAGAGACGUUCUACAGGUCAAAUUGAGAAAUAGAUUGUCAAACUGUCAAAUUGACAAUAGACUGGAUGUUCGGAAUUAACAAGAAUGAGAAAUCAGGAAUAAUGCUGAAGCUGGGAAAGUAGAAUGUGAGGAAGAGGGCAGGAUAGAAAAUAGGUUCUCUUGGAAAUGUUGACUUUGAAUACUUAUGGGACAUCCAGUAGUAUAUAUCUAACAGGCAGUGAGUAAUAGAUACUAGAACUCAGGAGAGAGACUAGGGCUGGAUAUAUAAAUCUCUGUAGAAAUGACAUUUAAACCUAUGGAAGAUGAUGAAAUAACCUAAAACAGGAGUUCUUGACCUGGAGUCUGUGAUUUUUUUUAAUAUUAGGAUCACUGAGUUCCUAUAUAAUUGAAUUGUUUUGUAAUCCUAUGUAUUUUGCACAAUUUAAAAACAUCCGAAAAGGAUCACAAAAGAAAUUAAGAAACCCUGGCCUAAAGAUAGAAGAGGACAUAACACAGAACUGUGGGUUGCCCCCACAUUUGGAGCACAGGUUAUAGGUAAUGAACUGGCAAAGAAGUCAGAGAACCAAGAGAUACCUGUUCACUUAAAAACUCAGGAGAAAGUAUCAAGGAGGAAGGGCUCAUCAACUGUCCAAUAUUUCAUUUUCUGCAUCUUGUUCAUUAAUUCUCUCCAUUCAUACAGCCGCCAUCCUUUUAAUGCCCUAAUCACCUCAUCACCCCUCACUUGAACUAUUGCAACAGCCUUCUAAUUGGUCUCUCUCUCUUGACAACUCCUUCCCCCAAUCUGAUUUCCACUCAGCUGCCAAAGUGCUAUUCCCAAAAUGUCUCUGACCAUGUCAUAACUCUGCUCCAAAUGAGCAGAGGAAGGCUUCCUAUUGCCCCCAGGAUAAAAUACAAACUCCUGUGCUUGGCAAUAAAAGCCCUUUGCAGCGUGACUCUAGGCUCCCUUUAUAAGCAUAUUACAUAUUACUCCCAUUCAUGAACUUUACUUUUUGGCUAAAAUUUUCUGGUUGUUCCUUCCUCAUUUGCCUUCUCCAUGCCUAUGUAUAUGCUGUCCCCCAUGCUUGGACUUAUAAGGAUAUUAUAAGGAUCCCUAGCUUUCUUAAAGGCUCUACUCAUAUACUGUCUCCAACAGCCGCUAGUACCUCUUUCCUACUUGGCAUAUGGUAGAUCCUGGAUAGAAGGUUGUUGAUCUCACUCUGUCCUUCAUCUUGGCUCUCCUUUCCCCUUCCCUCUCUUUCCCUCUCUUAGUUUCUCUCUUCUUUCUUCUUUCUUCUUCCACCUCCUUGUAGGAGGAAAUGGAUGAAUGUGACAAUACUCAUCACUCUGCUUUCCCUAAUAGAGCACUGCAGUUGACAAAGCCAUUCCCUAUCUCCUUCCCCCUCCCAAGGUGGAGAAUAGCCUUGAAGAAUAUUGUAUUGACCCUUGUUCUGAAGGAUGACAUGUAACCCUCCUAGAGAUAGAUGCUGUAUCAUUAGGGACUUUGUGCGGUGGGUAUAUGCAAAGCUGUGUCUGAAUUUUGUUGAACUUGGAGUCUGAUUCUUUGACAAAUCACUGCGAGUGCAUGCACUAAGUGGGAGCAGAGGUUCCUCACACACUCACUCUAAACUCAUUUAUCUUAAAGCAAACUCCUCAAGCAAGCCUGUUUGUGAAUUAAAUGGAGCCCACCUCUACAGGGAGACAGGGAGAAAGACCUGGAUUUAUAGCACCUCUCCUAAACUGGGGUCCCAGAGUCCCUGGGGCUGAAUAGCAGAUCUUAUUGCUACCCCCGAAAACUGACCUGCUCUGCCUGAAAGCUCAUGGGGCCACCCUCCACCUCUGCCCCAUGAAGUUGUCCAAGAUUACAAAGGGCAGCUGGGAGACAAGGGGAAAGGAUCAGAGAUCUGGAGCCGGGCAGGACCUCGGGCCAUCCAGUCCAACCGCCCUCCUUUUUAUAGUUAAAAAAAAAAACUGAGGCCCCUGGGUAAAAAUGCCUUGCCCAAGAUGACCCUAGUGGUGAACCUCACAGGUAAUAUCUGAAUUUAGGUCCUCUACCUAGAAGACUGGUGGUCUUUGCUCUGGGCCAGGCUGGUGGCUAAGAUAAUGUGCCAGGAGAUAGAAUGAGACCACAUUCAGAGACGCGGAGGCUCUGGGUUCAAAUCUUAGCUCCACCAAACAUUAGCUCUGUGUGUGUGUGUGUGUUUGGGGUGGGGGAUAGUCUCUUCUUCCUGGUCCUCAGUUUCCUCCUCUACAGGGUGAGGGGGAUGGACUAAACGAUCUAUAACGUCUCAUUCCAGUUCUCAAUCUUUUGAUCCUCUGAUCAUAAGUUGCUAAGCCAAAGGGGCAUGCGAGCCAGCAAUCUUGCCUGGGCUCAUUGGGAAUGUGGAAUGGGAACAACUAAUUCCUGGGCCUCUGUUUCUCGAAGAUCCUUUUCCGCCGAAGUCUGCGGUUGUCGCUUCUCGAGGAAUCUUGUGGAUGGAACUUGGAGGGAUAAUUUGGGAAACAUCUGCAACCAUUUCUGCCUGGUGGUGCACGGGGCAUCUGGAGGACAGUGGGGGCUAACGUCCCCACUUUCAAGAAUAGGCCUCCUUUGUAGCAUCCUGCCUUUGUGCCCCCAGGAAGUUUUUUGGCAUUGGCAAAUUAUCCCCUUUUUCUAAAUGUGAAGAUGGCAAUAGAAAAACACCACCCACAUCGGGACCAGCUGGAAGAUUCUGCUAGGAUUGUGAAUUUUCAGGUUAAACUUUGCUUUUCUCCCCCUUCUUCCUCCUUCCUCUCCCAUGUCAGGGGAGAUUAAUAUUCUUUUUUUUUUUUAAAGAGAGUGCUUGAGGUUUGGAAGAAAUACUCUUUUUAUGUGGGGGUGGGAAGCCGCCAACUGUAAUUUCCAUGUGCAGCUCCAUUAGUUGUGGCUGCUUCGGGUUUCCAAAACCACUGGCCCCUGUGCAGAGAACAGUAGGAACUGUCUCAUCCUGUGGAUGUUUCCAGCCACAAAGACUUUGUUCCUUCCGCAAAACACAAGGGAAGCAAAGGCUGGUGAUGAUUCUGCCAGGAGCUGAUUUGACUUGCAGACUUCAGGUCCCCAAAGAAAUAAGCUCCUGUCUCCACGGGAAUGUCCUGGCUGGGUUUUCAAAGAAAAAUGAGCAAUUCUUAAACUACCUUACAGAAUCCUAGAAUGUUAGAGUUGGAAGGAACUGUUGGUGCCCUCAGUACCAAUCCCCUAAUUUUUAAUAGAAGAAUAAACUAAGUCCUAAAUAAGGAAAGUGGCACAUUAAAGGUAAAAUACUAGGAUUAUUUUUUUUAAUUGGAAGGAACUUUAGUGGUCAUAUACCUUUGACAGAUGAGAAAACUGAGCUCUAGAGAGGUUAAAUUAUUUGCUAAAAGUCACACAAAUAAUAAGCAUCAAAGAUGAGAUGUCAAUCAAGAUCCUCUCUUUCCAAAGCUAGUGUUAUUUCCUUUCCCAUGAAAAUAGGUUCAGAGUGUUUUUCAACUGGAAUGGACCUUUUGAGGUCAUCUGGUCCAACUCUUUCAUUUUCAGAGGAAAUUGAGGGUCAAUGAAGUCAAAUGUCUAAUUUAAAAUUACACACAUAAGUAAUUAACAGGAGGGACAAGAACCCUAGAAUAGCAAUCUAGAAAUCAUGACUUCUAAGAAUUCUUUUAAAGACUGGCAAUCAAUCUGAUUCAUCCAUUUUGAAAAUCUGGAUUUUUUCAGGUCAAGUUCUUAUGAAACGAGACCCACUACAAACAUUUACAAAAUUUAGGUAACUUCUUUUUUGGAGUUAUAUGUGCCAAGCUGGAUGUUACAGACUUUCAGGCACUAUUUUGGGAACUCAUUGGAUUUGCCAUAGAAUUAGGCAUUCCUGGGUGCAAGGUCCAAAAGAAAUCAGGUAAUAGGUCCAAGAGCAUUUUAUUGACUCUCUCCAUAGGACCACAGGAUCUGCAGCUAGAAGGUAUCUGAAAAACUUUGUUUCUGUCUUGAUCCUACAUAAUAAACACACUAAUCUCCUAA